AUGCUCAUCCCUCUUCUACUAAGUGGGGCCAUUGCGUACUCAUACGUGGCCAGUAUCAAGAUUGCACAGCCCAAGUACCUAGAGAACCUCUCUAGAGAUGAUCUACAGGUCAUGAAGUACCGAAUGGGCAGGGUCACCAGCUUGUGCAUCUUCAUCUUGAUCUCACUUCCGUUCGUCGUAACGUAUGGCUUAGACUACUACCAUGACCUUCCCAGUGCCAUCCGCCAGUUUGGACUCAUACCUGGCUUCACCAACACACACAGCAUAACCGAGGACGUUUUGAACGUUGUGAUCUGUCUCGGCAAGAUGCUUAUACUCUAUUGUGGACCCUUAGCGAGCUACUUCCUAAUUGGGCCUUCUUUGGAGGAAGAUCUAAAAGAUAACUUCAUGACGCUCUGGGGCUUUAGGUCGCAUGUCUUUGCGCCCAUCACCGAGGAAUUUGUCUAUAGGGCAGCGAUAUUCAGUCUUCUCCAGCCUGUGAUCUCCAGUUCCUGGGCCUUAACUGUGUACACACCGUUACUUUUUGGUCUGGCUCAUCUUCACCAUGGAUGGGAUUUGCAUAGACAAGGUGUAGCCUUGUCCACCGUUCUAGCCACCACUGCAUUCCAGUUUUUGUAUACCACGAUAUUUGGCAUUCUUGCGAACCGCAUCUACAUCUCUACUGGAGAGAAUCUUUGGUGCGCUAUAGUUAUGCAUGUUGGAUGUAAUCUUGGGAGUUUCCCUUCUUUCGAAAUCAAAGACAGACAUCCGAGAUUCUUCUACGUCUAUUGCUUGUUGCUUAUCUUUGGCCUCAUAGCCUUCUUGCGGCUCAUUUGA